CUCAAGCAAAAAGAUACAGAGAAAAUAAGAAACUAUUGAAUGAUGAGAAUAAAUUACUGAAUAAAAUAUUAGAGCCAAAUAAUCUUGCAGAUUAUAUUUACGAUCUUCUUGAAUUGUAUACAAAUUCAAUAACUGCUGAAAACAAUAAAGAAAAUAAUCAACUAGGCAUUCAUUAUUUGUGUGCUGUUGAUAUCUCUUCUUAUAAUGAAUCUUCAAAAGAAAUCGCUGAUAAUUUGAUAAACAUUAUUAGUGAUACUGAUGAAUACUCUUGA